AUGACGACGACGACGGAGAUGAUCGCAGCGGCGCGGGCGAUGUUGGUGUCGCAGCACGCCUCCAACGCGGCGACCCGAACGAGCCCCCAACAUGUCGCCGGGCGGCUGACGAGCGGCGAGCCGGAGGACAGCGGGAGCGGGGACGAGCUGGGCUACAUGAGCAGCGUGCGGGCCGCCCAGUCGCGCGUACUCCGGGCCACGUCGCUCACCCGGCGGGAGUUGUGCGGGCCGGUGGCCUGGCGUAGCCGUGGCGGCGGGGCCGACCGGACCGCGGGCGGAGGAGGCGACGACGACGACGACGAAAGCGGUGGCGACGCCGAUUAUUUUCGACCAGGAACUCAGCUGCCGCCGGACUGGGAGAGCGAACGGACGUGGCUCGGAGGAGCCGGCCAGGGGGACGAGACGCCGGGGACACGGCAGACGGAUCGGCAGCCCGACGGUGACCGCCCGGACGGGGGGCUGGGCGCCAGGCCCGUGGCCGGUCUCGCCGCGCCGCUGUGGCUACGGCCGAGGGCGGCCACCAGGGCUGACCCCACCAUGAGGCGGGACCCGGAGCGGGCCGGCGGCAGUCGCCGUGGCGGUGGCGGCAUCGGCGGCGGCGGCGGCGGCAUCGGCGACCGUUCGACGCUGGGGUCGGGCGCCCACGCGCCCAACGGCCGGGCAUUCUCGGCAUCGUGCGAGACGCUGGGCUCCAUCUCCGGCUCGUCGUCGUCAUCGUCGUCUUCAACGUCCGCAUCCACGACGCAGCAGCAGCAGCAGCCAGCGCCGGCUGAUGGCAAGAAGAGCUGGCUGGCAGCGCUGCGGCAGACGCCGCUCAUGACGUCGCUGCUCAAGCACCGGCUCGGACGCACCAAGUCGGGCCGCGGAGAGGAGGUGGCCGGCGGUGGAAAGCUUCCCCCGGGGCGCUCCCACGACUCGGUCGCCACCUCCGCCGCCGCUGCCGCCGGCGGGGGCUCCCGCAAAGGCCCGGCCUCGUCGCCCCCGACGGGCCAACCCGGAGCGCCGCGCGGCCCCUCGCACUACACCUCGCUGCCCAGCCUGGACGCCCCCGCCGGAGCCGCCGGAGCCGCCGGGAAGGCCGGCAGCCUCUCGCGGGCCUCGGGAGGUGGCGCCGCUGCCGCCGCCACUGCCGCAACCUCGUCCUCGGCCACGCUGGCCACGCCGGGGGAGAGGCCGCAGAAGGGACGCGCCCACCACUGGUCACUGCCGAGCCUCUUCAAGAUGGCGUCGCGGAAGCCGUCAGCGUCGGAGGAGGCGAGAGAACGGUCGGUGACCGCUGCAGACGCUCCUCCGCCAAGCAGCAGGACGACCGCAGGGAGGGCGGCGGCCCUUCCCAUCACGCCUCGUUGCCCCGGCUCGACUGGCCGGGCCCGGCCGGCUCCCACGGGGGCCACUCGCCUGUCGCUCUCCCCGUCUCUGUCCGACCACGAGGCGCGGAAAGUGGCGCUGAUGCCCGGCGGGAGAUAUCUGUGCGUGCCGUCGAUGAUGUCCGUCGGUCCGGGUCCGGCCAAGGCCUUGAGCAGGAGCGAGGGGAGCAUGAUCGACGACUCGGAGGUUGGGGGGGACGACGUGGCGGCGAUGGCGGUGGCGGCGGGCGUGGGGGGCGACCGCCGUCACCACCGUCACCACCACCACCACCGUCACCACCACCACCUCCUCCUCCCGGGGAGCCGGCCCCUGUCCGAGGGCCGAGCUCGCUCCGUGGAGGAGCUGCUGGAGAGGCGGCCACGAGCCGCGCGCCAGCGCGGUGACGGCAGCGGCGUCUGGAGCCGCCGGGAGCGGGGGGAAGCGGAGGCCGGGCCAGGCCCGUCGGAGGGCCGCGACAUCGUCCCAGCGGCCGCCCUGUCGGGCCACUGCCCGCCGGGAAAGACGCCCUCCGUGGACAGUGUGGACGACGACGUCUUCGUGGAGGAGCCGUCCGGCGGCAGCGAUGCGGGAACUUCAGGAACGCUGCGGGUUUGCGGGACGACGGAAGCGCCAGGAAUUCUGGGAAAGCCGGGAACUCUGGGAGGGUCUUCGAGCUGGCCGGGAACGCUGGACGUGCCGGGGGCUGGCAGGACGAACGAAGCGCCGGGAAUUCUGGGAAUUCUGGGAGGGUCUUCGAGCGGGCCGGCAACGGCAGAAGCGCCGGGAAUUCUGGGAGGCUCUUCGAGCGUGCCGGGAACGACAGAAGCGCUGGGAAUUCUGGGAGGCUCUUCGAGCGGGCCAGCAACGACAGAAGCGCCGGGAAUUCUGGGAGGGUCUCCGAGCGGGCCGGGAACCGCAGAAGCGCCGGGAAUUCUGGGAGGGUCUCCGAGCGGGCUGGGAACCGCAGAAGCGCCGGGAAUUCUGGGAAAGCCGGGAACUUCCGGAAAGAGCGACGACGACGACGACGACGACGACGAUGACGACAGCGACGACGGUGACCCGUCCGCCGUGGCCACGGACGCCAACUCGUUCAUCCUGAGCGCCGCGUCCUUCGCCGGCCACGGCGGCGACUACUACCGGAGGGGGGCGGCCCCCGGGGGCUACCGGGGGCCCCGGGUGGGCAGCGGCCUGGAGCUACUGGAGGAGGCCUACCCCCUGAUCGUCGGGGGCUGGUUCCGGCGCGGGAGCCUCCGGGCGGGACCCGGGCACGAGCUCGCGGACGGGGAGGCCGCAGACGGACCGCCGGAGGUGCAGCGGCAGCAGGAGGAGGAGCGGCAGCAGGAGGAGGAGCGGGAGGAGGAGCGGGAGGAUGAGGAGGAGCUGCGCUCCAGCCUGCACCGCUCCCUCGCUCUGCUCAACGGAGACCUGGAAUCAAACUCGGCGGCUUGCGCGCAGAUCCGGACCACCCUCUCCACCCUCUCCUCCACCUCCUCCACCUCCUCCACCUUCUCGUCCACCACCUCCACCUCGUCGCCGUCCCAGCGAGCGCUGCGUUCCCGCAGCCCGCGCCGCCUGCUGCAGCGCCUGGAGGCGGUGCUGGACAGCCAGGACGCGAUGGGCGGCCUCCUGGGGUGCCUCGGCCGGCAGCACCGGCAGGACGGGGCCGACGUCGCCACGGCCGCCGCCGGCGCCGGGAGGCCGCGACCUGCGCCGCCAGGUGACGGAGGCCCUGGCCCUGCUGCCGGGCCUGGCGCGGCGCGCACGACGCUGCGGGGCCGCGGUGGACGGGGCCCUCGGCGGGGGCCCGGGGGGGGAGCGGCCCUCGUGCCGGCUGCUGCUGGCGUCCAGGAUGCCGCUGCUGCUGGAGCAGCGCCACCUGGAGCUGGUGGUGCGGGGCCUGGAGCAGCGGCGCAGGCUGGGGCUGGGGUCGACUCGGCCUGGACUGAGUAG